UUUUCUCGGUCUAGCUAGUUAUUAUCGCAGGUUUAUCGAGGACUUUUCCAAGAUUACCCUCCCUCUAUCCCAGCUAACGAGGAAGUCUGUGAGGUUCGAUUGGACUGACCGAUGUGAGUCGAGCUUUCAGGAGCUCAAAAGGAGAUUAACUUCAGCACCGGUGUUGACUAUUCCCGAUCCUUCUCGGAGUUUCACUAUCUUCAGCGAUGCUUCGAGACAGGGCUUGGGAUGCGUCCUUAUGCAGGAUGGCCAGGUCGUUGCCUAUGCUUCAAGUCAGCUUAAGCCGCAUGAGCAGAACUAUCCAACGCACGACUUGGAGUUAGCCGCA